UCAGCACCUACCCCCCCUCCUCCCUCCCCUCCCUUCCUUUCCUAUCCCCUUCCUGUGUCCCUCACCCUGUUGGAUUUCACCCGUCUCGCCUUCCCCUCCUCUUCCGAACCUCAAUCAGCCGAGCCCGAUGUACUCCCCGGAGCAGGAAAACAUCUCCACCACCGCCUCCACCAAAGUGCCAGUGAAGUAUGGAGAGCUCAUUGUGCUGGGGUACAAUGGCUCUCUGCCUAACGGGGACCGAGGCCGACGCAAGAGCCGCUUUGCACUUUGCAAGAGACCGAAGUCAAACGGGGUGAAACCCAGCACAGUUCACAUCGCCUGCUCUCCACAGGCAGCCAAGGCCAUAAGCAACAAAGACCAGCACAGCAUCUCUUACACUCUGUCUCGAGCCCAGACGGUGGUGGUGGAGUACACCCAAGACAGCAAUACAGACAUGUUCCAGAUCGGCCGGUCCACAGAGAGUCCCAUAGACUUCGUGGUGACGGACACGGUGGCGGGCAGCCAGAGCAACGCAGACACGCAGUCGGUCCAGAGCACCAUCUCCCGCUUCGCCUGCCGCAUCAUCUGCCAGCGAACGGCGCCUUACACCGCUCGCAUCUACGCCGCGGGCUUCGACUCCUCCAAGAACAUCUUCCUAGGGGAGAAAGCUGCCAAGUGGAAGACGCCCGACGGUCAGAUGGACGGGCUGACCACCAACGGCGUUCUGGUGAUGCACCCUCGAAACGGCUUCACCCAGGACUCCAAACCCGGAGUCUGGAGGGAGAUCUCCGUCUGCGGCAACGUCUUCACACUGCGGGAGACUCGGUCAGCGCAGCAGAGAGGGAAGAUGGUGGACACCGAGAGUCAGGAGCUGGUCGACGGCUCCCUCAUCGACCUCUGCGGCGCCACCUUGCUGUGGCGGACCGCCGAGGGCCUGUCGCGCACCCCCACCGUCAAACACCUGGAGGCGCUGCGGCAGGAGAUCAACGCGGCCCGUCCGCAGUGCCCCGUCGGCUUCAACACGCUGGCCUUCCCCUCCAUGCGGCGCAAGGACACGCCGGACGAGAAGCAGCCGUGGGUCUACCUGCAGUGCGGCCACGUGCACGGCUACCACAACUGGGGCAACCACCGCGAGGAGCGUGAGGGCCGCGAGGCCCGGCAGCGGGAGUGUCCCAUGUGCCGCACCAAGGGGCCCUACGUGCCGCUGUGGCUCGGCUGCGAGGCGGGGUUCUACGUGGACGCGGCUCCGCCCACUCACGCCUUCAACCCCUGCGGCCACGUGUGCUCGGAUAAGACGGCGGCCUUCUGGAGUCAGAUCCCGCUGCCGCACGGCACGCACACCUUCCACGCCGCCUGCCCGUUCUGUGCCCAACAGCUGACCGGAGAGCAGGGCUUCGUCAGACUCAUCUUCCAGGGGCCCCUCGACUAGCAGGGCCUCCCAGAAUCCUUUGCGUGAAGCAGGGACCCUGCAGUGAAUAAACUGGGAUGCUACACAGAUUUGGUUUUUCUUUCCUCUUCCCCGUUAAGAUACAAACUUUUGUCUGGACUGUUUUGUCUCUCUCUCAUUUUUAAGUGACCUUUGUAUUGCUUUUUAUUCAUGAAUGACGACAGAGAUUUCUAUAUUUUCACGUGAAAAACCAGAGACACAAAAACAAACCGAGAACACUGCUGGGUUAACCUUUUUUUUUUUUUUUUUUUUGGUUUGUUUCUCGGGAAAAAGAACUUUCAGCAACAGUAUUUUUCUAAAUUACUAACACGCUGCAAACGUGCGGUUUUUAUUCAUGUUUAUUGUUGCAAUAUACGUCUGUGUACAUCAGAGCUAAUUUAAACAAAGAAGUUUAUUUAUGGCCCAGAAACCACGGCUCCAUCCUUUAUCUGUCAGAUUCUCCUAACAUCAAUUCUAUUAGGCGUUUUCAUUUUAAAUACAGUUUAUUAUUAUCAGAUAUAAAGUUUUAAAUGUCUUCUGAGGGUUUCGUUCUGCGUCUUUCACACUUGUUCUCCCUCAGAUCUGUUUGUCGUAUUUAUAAACCCCCUCGUCCUCUGGCGUGAUCUCACUUUGUGUGUCAACCCCCCCCCCACCCCACCUCGCCUUUUUCACAUUCAAAGCAAUAGAUUUGGAAUGCAAACCUCCUAAAGCAUUAUGGGAAACUGAGUCCUCGAGGCGUCUGUGUGACACUCAGACUGAUCCCUCCCUUUAAAGUCCGACUGACGCGUUUCUGUUGGUGGGUGAAUCUCUUCUGAUCACAUGUUAGCCACGAUACCGCAGCGAUGUAGCUAACACACACACACACACACACACACACACACACACACACACACACACACAAAUACACACACACACACACUCCAACCAAACCUGGUCAAAUAUUUUUUAUUAUAUGAAAAAGUGGAAAGGAACUUGCGCACACGAAAAGUAAUUGUACAAAAAUAAGAAUACAGAAGAAAAAUGACAACAAAGUGCUGCUUAUUCCUUUUUCUGCUUGUCAGCCAUGAUGUUUUGGGGCUCACCUGCACAGGUACAGCAAGAACGAUCAGUAUUAAUCCUAGUAUUGAGCUGAGAAAUAGAAAUACAGUUAUUUCUGCUUUAACUCACAACAAGAUCCUGAAAUACAGACGGUCACCACAGCCAGUAUUACGCUGUUAGAGGCCGAUGAAGGCGGGUGUUUUAUUUAGAAAAUCCCAGAUUUAUUGCACUUAUUCAGGCCUGAUUUUUAAAUACAAGUCAUGAUUAGUGAGAAGACUUUUAAUGUGUUUCUCUGAGAUGUUACAGUGCAGGAAGUCCAGCCCACCUGAACACCUUCAACUGUAGCUGUUUGACUCAGGUUUAAUACACACAAACACUAACACAUGCAUGGCUUCAUUAUGAGUGUGUGUGUGUGUGUGUGUGUGUGUGUGUGUGUGUGUGUGUGUGUGUGUGUGUGUGUGUGUGUGUGUGUGUGUGUGUGUGUGUGUGUGUGUGUGUGUGUGUGUGUGUGUGUGUGUAAAUGGUCCCAGUGGAGCGUUUUAGAGCUGAUUUACUGUUCCUGUCUCAUAACGGUCACCAGGGCUUCAUGAGAGUUCAGUUAGCGGCGUCUUAACGAGCUGUAGAGGCUUUUAAUUUGAAACAUGGUCCUCAACGGAUCAGUUUGUGAUUCAUGUAAUAGAAGUGUUUCUUGAUUAAAACUAUGAAGGCCUCAAAUAAAAGCCUCCAGUUUAAUUAAAUGUUAUUUAUGUGCGGUUUAAAGUUAAAUAAUUGUUGUUUUUUAUAUCAAAAUCACGUUUUUAAAGACAGCAAUUAUGUAAGAUUCAACCAACUACAAUGACAGCUGUAGUUAAUUAGAGUUGGAGGACCUAUUCCACUUUCCUACAAACAAGAUGAAUUUGUGAAAAUGUUUGGUACGUCUGGUUUGAAGCUUUGUGUUAAACAUUAAAAGCCUGGAUUUUUAAUUUAUAGAAAAUUAUCCUAAAAUUUGAAUCUCAAUCUAUAAUAUUUUUAGGAUACUUUAUCCUCAAAUUCAGCUCUUCAAAAACAAAACACACACAUGAUGAUCAAAUUUGUACUUGAUCAUCAACCUACUGAGGUCAAAGGUCACCACAUAAUAUAACAUCUGACAAGUUGUUAUAUUAUGUAUAUUAUGUGUAUUAAGUAAUUUAAGAUGGAAUGAAAUAAUGCGAUUUAAUUUGCGUUUUAAAUUUGAAAGCCUCUUUCUCCCAGAAUGCUGCUGCGAACACAUCACUUCCUGUUUGCUCACGAAAAAAGACACACAGUCGCACUGUAGAAACCGGUCAGAGUGUGUGUGUGUGUGUGUGUGUGUGUGUGUGUGUGUGUGUGUGUGUGUGUGUGUGUGUGUGUGUGUGUGUGUGUGUGUGUGUGUGUGUGUGAGAGAGAGAGAGAUUGUAAUUUAUGCGAUGAUUGUAUGUGUGCAGUUUGUGUGUGUGUUCAUCCGUCCACACAGAAGUUCUCCAUAAACACGGAUUCAACACCCGAGUGCUCGGACUGCAACACACUGACUCACCUCAGGGAGAAAACGAUGACCUGUGUCACACACACACACACACACACACACACACACACACACACACACACACACACACACACACACACACACACACACACACACACACACACACACACACACACACACACACACACCGCUAAGGUCUACUGAGGUUACCUCAUAAUAAAAUCGUCUCUUCUGGAUUUCCUUCACCCUGAUGUUGUUUCAUGCUCCCUGUGGGUAAAGUGUGAGUAAAGGGCUUCACUCUGUGUCUCUGUACUGUUAACUCAACGCUCCUCUUCUUCUUCUUCUUCUUCUUCUUCUUCUACUUCCUCUUCUUCUUCUCCUCGUGCUUGUAAAAGCGAAAAAGCAAAGAAUGUUUCCAGAAAACACUUUUUUUGUAACAACUUUAAACAAUAAAGUGUAAAAGUGA